AGUUAAGCUACUCACGUCACGAUACUAAAACAGUGAUAAUAAUUUUCUUAAAUCAGAAAAAAAAACCUGGUCAAGGUUYUUGACGGUGUCUAACAUUGAAGUGGCUUCUUCAUUCUUCAUUUUUCUUGAGCAAAUCGUCAAUAGAGAUUGAAAGAGAGACACUUGAUUGAGGGGCAAAGCAAUGGGCAAUAAAACUGAUAAAGACUACAUCAGUGGAGAUAAAGAUGAGUCAGAAGAUGAGUCAGAAGAUCCACAGUCGACACAAUCAAAAGUACGCACAAAGAAUGCUGUUAUCUUUUCUAUACUUGGAUUACUCGUCUUUACCGUGCUUUUCCUUGGAAUAUCAGCCGCACAGGACAUUUUGGCCGGAACAUCCAUCCCAACAUCUUCUGUUCUUCUCUGCGCGUCUAUUCCGUUCUUUCUCGUCACUUUGCUUGCUCCCCAUGUCAACCAAUUCGUUUCUCCGACAGUCAGAGUGAUUUUAAUGACAGUACUUACUACAACAGGCAUACUCUURGUAUCACUAGGCGAAAAUAUCUUGGAAAAGCUAAUAGGCAUUUGUUUGAUUUCCCUUGGUGGUGGUAUUGCUGAAACCUGCUUCCUGUCACUCACUGUUUUCUUCCAUCAAGCUGCCGUCAGUGCCUACUGUGGAGGGACUGGAAGUGGCUUUGCCUUUGGUCCAUUAUAUUAUACGGCUUUGACCACCUGGGGCUGCGUCCCAGCAAAGACAGCUCUGAUGACCGUGGUUGGAGCUCCCCUGGUUAUUUUCCUUUUGUACAACUUCGGCCUAAAAAAACCAUCUACAUCCAAAAAGAACGACAAAGUUACAGUCCAAACUGAACUGUUGUCUGUUCAUGAACCGGAACAACCAUAUGCCUGGAAAGAAAAAGUUACGACAUUGAAAAGAACUCUUCUUCUGGCUUCAUCGUUGAUAAUUGGAGUAUCCUUCGAAUAUCUGACGGUGCAAGCUGUUGUCACGACUCUGGCAUUUCCAAACUCUCCCUUCUCACCUCGUGAUCACUAUCAGAUUUAUUUCCUCAUAUUUGCCUUUGGGGAAUUAAUAGGGCGAUCAUACUCUUUGUUCACUUAUUAUUUUUGCAAUACCUCAUUCCCCCUGACGGAGAAAACUUGGAUUUUCACCCUCAUCAUGGGAGCCAACCUGAUAUUUACUAUCUUAGCAAGCUGGUAUCGUUUUUUACCAGUCGUUUGGCCAGUUUUGGUGGUUUYAUUUGAGCAUGGAGUCAUUGCCGGGGCUCUUUAUGUCAAUACGUUUGGAACGGCGGGAAAAUACGAGACGGACGUGCGAGGUAAAGAAUUUUCCCGCGCAUUUGCCACAAUUGGAAGUGGGAUGGGUUURACCAUGGCUGGGGUUGUUGGACUGAUAUUAGAACCCUACUUAAGAAAUCACUGCUUAAGCACUGCAAGUGCUGCUGAUCAAGAUUUCUGCUUUACCAGAAAAAUCCAUGGCUAUGACAAUGCGACGUCAAUCUGCUAAAGCUUUUGCUGUCAUUUGUAAUUCUGAAUUUAAAGGUGCAAUUUGAAAGGUAAAUUAAUUUGAAACUAAUGGAGAAAUAAAAGGUCUUUUUGGCCGAUUCGA